UAUAUUUGUUUCAUAAAUGUUUUCAUAAACAGAUGCCAUGAAGCAAUAUGCUUCUCAUGUAAUAAAGAGGAAGUAAGAAGUGUUGAGGAGAAAAAGAGGGGCAAAUUAUGGCUCUGGUUGGACCAACCCCCUUUUCAACUUUGGUUCCUCCCACUCCCUCAUGGGGAGCGUAACCGAGCAGCCAAUCCCCACAGCUUAGGGAGGACAGCACACGCAUGACGACAUAACAGCAACAAGCGGCACACACCCAGUAUAAUUUCUCUGUCUCUUUGUCAAUAAUGCAGAUGCACUGACUGUAAAUGCACAGCAGCAGGAUAUUGCUCCCAACAGUGUGUGGUAGACUGUGCUCAUGCUGAAGUAGGCAUUCGCGAGAACGUUUGUGAAUGUUUAAUCUCAUUUCCCAUUUACAGGAGUGGAUAAGGCUUGAGCUAAAAGAAUAUCUAUAGUUGCUUUCUAAUGCUGGACUAUUAUGGUCCAGCUUGAGAGCACCAAGUGCAGUUUUCUCCUUUGCCUUGGAAUCUGCAUCCUAAUCUGUUUCACCAUCUACCUGAAAGUCAAAGUAUCCAAUGUCCCUCAAGCUAUUGGCCCUCCAAAUGUCAUGAGCUGCCCACCCCUGCCCGACAACUGUCCAAUUCUUCCGUCGCCAUCUCCUGGGUUUAAAUGGCAGCGAAAUAACUGUAAGGAGAUCAGCAGUGUCAACAAACCCGAAGUGAACUGCACUCGAUUGCGGUCAGAACUUCACUUCAUUAUGAUGCCACUGAGCAAAGAGGAAAAAGAGUUUCCUUUGGCUUUCAUCAUCACCAUACACAAGGAGCUAGAAACAUUUGUGAGGCUCCUGAGAGCGAUCUAUGCACCUCAGAACGUCUACUGCGUUCAUAUUGACGCUAAAGCACCAGAAGAAUACAAGAAAAGUGUCCAGAACUUGGUAAGAUGCUUCCCAAAUGUCUUCUUGCCAUCUGUCAGCGAAAGGGUGACCUACGCUGGCUUCUCCCGUCUUAAGGCUGACAUCAACUGCAUGAAGGACCUGGUAAGAUCUCCAAUAAAAUGGAGAAGAGUUAUAAACUUGUGUGGCCAGGACUUCCCCAUCCAAAGCAACCUGGAGUUGGUCCGGUACAUGCACAGCUCUGAAUGGAAAGACCGGAAUAUGACACCCGGAGUCAAGCAGCCGCCAACUAUGCAGCAUAGGACUGAGUUUCAGUACGAAGAGGUAAAAGACUCCCAUGUGGCACGAAAGAGCAAGGGUGCAAAGAAGGGACCUCCUCCACACAACUUGACUAUCUACUUUGGGACUGCUUAUUACUCCUUGACAAGACAGUUUGUGGAAUAUGCGCUCAGCAGUCCGGUGGCCCAAGACUUGCUGAAGUGGUCUAAAGAUACCUUCAGCCCUGAUGAACAUUACUGGGUAACAUUAAAUCAUUUGGAGGAAGCACCCGGCAGUUUCAUCAAAGGCGGGUGGGAAGGCAAUAUUCGUGCAAUCAAAUGGAGGGACCAAGAGGGAACUGCACACCAAGGCUGUGAAGGACGAUACGUCAGGGAUAUCUGCAUCUUCGGGAUUGGGGAUUUACCAUGGGUUGUUAACAAAGACAGCAUGUUUGCGAAUAAAUUCGAGACUGCAAGCUUCCUCGAAGCUUUGGAUUGCCUGGAACUGUGGCACAGGAAUAAACUUCUCCAACAAGCCAAAGUUCCCAUUCAGCCAUCAUGGCAUCUUGCAAAAGUGGUCAGUGUAAACAGCCGGAGUUUGAACGUAAAGACUGUUUUGGACCAAUUAUCGCCACAUUGAAUGUCAUAAAGAAAGGGAACUAACAGUCAGCUAUCGUUUUCAGGCUUGACAACUACCACAUUCUUAAAACCAACCAAUAUCACACAGAUCACAAAACAAAGACUUCUGUGGAAGAUUUACUGCGUUCUACAAUGCAAAUUUGCCAGGACAUACUGUACACGAUGUACAGACAAAUAUACAGCUCUUGAAGUUUUAACAUUGUUUGAAUGUUAAUUGUUUUGUGAGUGUUUCAGUACUAUAGCUAGUAAUAUAACUGUUGUAUUGUUAAACAUAACAUUAGUCAAUAUUUAUUGAUUUACAAUUACCCUUUUAAUGCAGUUUCUGAAGCAUUCAUUAAGGGGAUAAACUGUAGUCGAAAUCAAUUAAGAUUUAUGUUUUUUUUUCAAGGUUCUUUGUAGUUGACUUUGCCCAAAAAUUGUUUAUAAAAGUUAUACAUGUGCAAUAUACGUAAGUGCAAUUGCUUCCUAUGGUUUUACUUAUUGCAAUUCUGUUGUGAGCAUUCAAACAGUAGGGGUCAAUUAGACUUUUUCACAAAUAUCAGAAACUACGUCACCGCAGGGUAAAGCUACUUCCGCUAUGGGUUUGCAGCUAUUGCUUUAGUUUACAUUUGCCUCUAAUAAUGUUUCUUAUGUCUUCAGUAUGGUCUGUUUUUCAACAAGUCACAACAUAAUAUAUAUAGAAAUCAUUUAUCAUCUUUUCCCAACUGAUUCUGCUAUGCAGGCCGCAGUGUCUUUUGAGUUUAUGUGCUCAAAUGCAGCGUUGCAAUGGUUUCUUCACUAGCUCCCGUCCCAUUUGCAUUCAACCGUCUCCCUCCUCUCAUCACCAUAUCAUGGGAAAUACAUUUUAAAAAGCUAUAUACUCCCAACACAGAUGCAAAAAUACAUAUAAAAUGCUAUUUGUCUAACUGAACCUUGUAUGAAACUCCCAAAAAUAUUAAAUGCUGUUUUUAAAAGUAUACAUAAUCAAAUUAAGUAAUGAAACCAAGUCAUCUUGUCCC